AUAGAUAAACCGGAAAUGUGUUUUCACAGCAGGUGGUAAAGCUCCUGUCCAGCCCUCAGAGGCUCGGAUGAGGAAGUAUCAACACCUAUACGCCCGCUGAAUAAGACAGCUUCCAGAACGAAUCCCUGCAGCCAUGAAGCUUCGACUGCACUUUGUGGUGGAUCCCAUGGGCUGGCUGUGUAUCAGCAUGGUGUUUGGGAUCUGGCUCUACAACACCUUCUUCAUUCCUAAGCUGGUUCUACUUCCACACUACAACGAGGGACACAUCCCUUGGGCUAUAGUUGUAUGUUAUUACAUAGCAUCAGCACUCUGCAUAGCGGCCCUAUUUAGAGCUUCCACAGCAGAUCCUGGCCGUCUUCCCGUGGAUCCCAAAAUACCUCACUCUGAGCGAGAACACUGGGAGUUGUGCAAUAAGUGCAACUUAAUGAGACCUAAAAGGUCCCACCACUGCAGUCGCUGUGGCCACUGUGUACGCAGAAUGGACCACCAUUGUCCUUGGAUCAAUAACUGUGUGGGAGAAGACAACCACUGGCUCUUCCUGCAGCUCUGUUUCUACGCUCAGGUCCUCAGUUUGUUCACCCUAGUGCUGGACUUCUGCCAGUACUAUUACUUCCAACCACUGACAGGACUGGAUCAGGAGAAGUUUACAUCCCGCCAUGAACUGGCUCUGCUGCGCAUCUCAGCCCUUAUGGGUUUGGUCAUGUUUGGUGGCAUGACGAGCUUGUUUUACACUCAGAUGACGGGAAUCCUCUCUGAUACCACCACCAUCGAGAAAAUGGCUCAGUUCUCAAAUGAAAUAUUUGGCUCAAAGAGAUCCUGGCAGUGGGCACUAGCUGAAGUUUGUGGCACUCGUUGGAAAAUCCUGUGGCUCUUACCGCUCCGAAGCAGGCAGCCACUCCAAGCCAGCCACCACUUCCGCACCCAUGUGUAGGUCCUUACCACGACAGCACCUCCGACCUGCACAGAUGGUAGGAGCAGCCAUGAUGAAACACUGUAUACACACUUAGGAAUCCAUCUGCUCGCCUUCACCGUCCUCUUUUUUUGCUCUGGGAGCUUGUUGGCAGCAGCUUUGGUUUGUCAGUGGAUACUCUAAGCUUUUUUUUUUAUGCCUUUCUCUACAAGACCCAGACUGGCAGUGAACAGGGUAGAGAAACACUUAAAGGAUGCGAUGGGAAAAUGUUGCUUUUGUACUCACUGUGACUGCCACUUUCAGCAUAUGGAAAACCACUUUUAAUGGCUUUUUGCCUCAGAAGGAUGGACCUCUUCACCUAAAUGAAGCUGGCUAAAGGGACCCCCUCUCAGGUUAUUUCAAUAAAGAGCCUUUACUGCUGACCUUUAAAUCAACUACAGACAGAACUACAGUAACUCCAGUGUGUCUUUAAGAAAGUUUUUUUUUUUUAAGUGUGUGCCUUGUUUCUUUUAUUUUUUAUGCACAAGUGUAGUGUAUUUGCUUUUUGUUUUCUAGUUGCCGUUGUUCCGGUUUGAAAAUGUCAUGUGAUUCAUGAGGGGAUCUAGCAUAAAUUGCAUUAUUUUAAUUUAUGAUCCAUUUAUGAUUUCUGAAUGUUGUCCUGCAACAAUUUAUCUCUUCAGUGAUGAUUUUUGAACCAUGGCCACAGAACAAAGUCCGUAACUUGAAUAAGGUCAAUAGUGGGAUACACAUAUGCUGGUUUAAAGGAUGUGUAAUAACAAGCAGAGAGUUUAAAAGUUCAAAUCAAAGAUUAGAUACAAAUUUAUACUAUAAAGCUGAGUUGUAUAUAUGUCAUUGUCAAUCUGCAGUAUAAAUGUGUUGUUUUCUGUUUGUGGAAUCCUUAACAAAGGGGUUCGAAUGUCACAUACUGUCCUCAAAGAAUAGGACAGGACAGUGUUCCUUUUAAAAGAGAAGUUUGAAGUUUGGGAAAAACCCAUUUGAUUUUAAGCUCUUAUGUUGGUAUAUUACAUUUGAAGCCAGCUAGUCAACGGGUAGUUAACUAGGCUUAGCAUAAAAGACAUAAAAAGAACCUGAAAACACAACUUGUCUUUUUUGCACUUCAGUUUUUGUAUGGACUAAACACAAUAUAUCAUGUUAUCGAGUUAGCUGCUUGUUGGUGAAAUUUGUUGUCCAAGCUAGCCUCUGUUUCCUGUUGUAAUUCUAAGCUAUGCUAACUACCUGCUGUCAGCAGCUGUUACCAACACAUUUACUUCCUGACUUAACCUAUUAACAUGUUAUGUCUGUAUCCCUAUACAAAUUGAAUCAUAAAAAAGACAAGUUAAACUUUUGAGGAGCUUAUGUUGUAGCUUAGUUAACUAUCUUCUGAUAAGUAAACUCUCAUAUCUGUGUUUGAAAUAUGAAGCUAGCAUACAGAUAGUUAGCUUAGCAUAAAAGACAUAGAACCCCUAAAUAACACAACCUCAACAGUUUAUUUCAGUGAGCUGGUUGUUGGCUGGUUGUUACUUUUACUUAAAGCAUGUACCGUGGCUUUUCCCCGUUUCUAGUUACGUUGAACUGUGCUAACUGCUAGUUCUUUGUAGCUUUUAUCAACAGACUCACUAACUAGGCUCAUUUAUUAACAUGUUAUAUCAACUUGAAUUCUAAAUUGUGAAAAAUUUAACUUUGGGAGAAUUUAUAUUUCAUAUGCUAAGCUAGCCAACUAUCUGCUAACGAGCCAGCAUGUAUAGCUAUAAAGCAUUGGGCUGGUUCGCCAGCAAAUAGUUUGCCGAGUUUAGUGUUUGAGACAUAAAAACACAGAAUAACACUUUUAGAAAGAUGACAAAAUACAUAAAUAUUAAAGUGAGCUUUUGUUGGUGGAAUUUGUUACCUUUAACUAUGCUUGUACAGCUACUAUCUCCUGUCUCAAGUUAGCAUUCUAAGCUGUUCGUGGCUUUAGCCCACAAACUCACUAACUGAGCUCAUUUAUUAGAACAUCUUUUUAUGAUUGUAUUAAAACUGAAUUAGAGAAAAGACAAAUACAUUUUUGGAAGGUUUGUCUUUUUUGCUACGUUAAGCCUGCUACUUGUCAGCUAACUUGCUCUCAAAUCUGUAUUUAAUAUAUGAAGCUAGCUAGCGAAUAGAGAAUUAGCUUAGAAUAAGAGACCCCUGAAUUGCACGACUUGAACACUUCAGGCCUUCGACAGAUUAAACCUGAUAUCAGCAUUAGUUAAGGGAGCCGUUUGUUGGUGGAUUUUUUUUUAACCUUCGGAUAAUGUAGCACAGCUAAUGUACUUUCUCCUGUUUUCAGUCAUUGUGCGAAGCUAUGCUAACUGCUCACUGUCUCUAGCUUUUUGGUACCAUUGAGUUAUGGAAUUGUUGUUAACCUUCUCAGCAAGACCUCAAUUAAGUCAAACACAGCACUUAUGCAUAGGCACAGAUGACGUGUUCUUUUAAUGUUUCUGACACAUUCAUUUUACAAUUUAUUCUCAUGAUUUUAGUGUUGCAACUGUCAAAAUUAGGUCUCAAAUGUGUCUGAACAUGUGGCUUGAUAAAUGUUUAUCUGUACCCAAAGGUAGAAUUAAUCUACGUGUGGUGACAAGGCUAGAUUACACUGUCACAAUACUGAUAUGUUAUUUAUGAUGGUUAUGGCUGUAAUCCUGUGGUUCUGAGAUUUCUUUAGAAUUCUACAACAGGAGAAGACAUUUCAGUGCAUAAUAAUACUGGCAUAGAGUGGUGGUGGUCAUUGUCUAUAAUACUUGGCAAUCCCAUAGCUACACUUGUAUGUAAACAAAGCUUGCUAAAUGUGGAAAUAUUACAAUAUCCAAGUAGUUUUAAGUGCCUUCUCGAGGUCUUCAUUUUGCAGUCAUGGUAUGUUAUCAUUAUGUUGGUCUCCAUGAAGCCAAAGACCUGGGGAACUGUUGCAAUAGUCAGCAAGCGUUCAAUAAAUGCAUGUGUCACCAAAUUUUUAAAGGUAGUGGUUCAAUAUUAUGCACUGAUUUUCACCGUCUGUCUCACUGCAUCGAUGUACUAUUGAGAGAACUUGUUAACGUUUAUUUGUUUUAUGUGAAGCCUUUAUUUUAACAAGAUCUUUAAUCAGAUUGUUUGUAUUUGCAUGAGUGUGUGUGUGUGUUGGUAACUUUGCUCAGUGGUUUUUAUAACUCAAAUUCAGGUUGGUGGGUUUUUUGUUUAAAUAUGAUAUUUGAGUGGGAACAUUUGUGUGAUUGACAUUAAAGACAGUGGUACUGAUAGAUCACAUUUACCUUUUUUUUUUUUUUUUUACGAAUAUUUUUUGAAGCAAUAAUCUUUGUGUGUCAGUAAAGUCAUCUCUAUUGUUUGAACAGUGAUGCUAACCUUAUAAUGAAGUAUGUGACCUAGGUUGGCAAGUGUAGGUUAACACUUCUGCAGCUGCUGUGUAUAGUUUACAACAUUUUUAAGUAAUAUACAGCCUCAAUAUGUUAGCUAGAAACAUUAUUACAAAAAGGCUUCACUCUUUGGAUUUAAUCAAGUACUGCAAAAGAAAGACUAAAGCAGAGAGCAUCUCCAAGACUCGUGCACCCUCACUUUGCCUCUUAAUGAUCAUCUGGUGUUCCCCAAGACACUGAGUUUGGACCUGUGCAGUUUUGUUUACAUUUUACAUUUGCUGGUUUUGGAUAUGUUGUCAAGUUUUAUUUUGUUUCAUUCAUACCUCAAACACUGGACCAGUUAAGUUUUGUGAUUCAAAUGAAUAUAUCAUAAAUAUCUUAUCCUUUACUUUAUGUUUAGAAAAGCCUAUGAAUAAUUGCCAAUCUGUUGUUUUGGAAAAUGUACUUAUGGUGGUUAUAGAAAAGAUAUAUAUCAUAUAGGUAUACUAUAAUAAAUUAGAUUCUGGA